GAAAAGAAUAUGAGCUGGUAUAGUAGGCUGGGUUAUAAUUUUGCUGCUAGCUAAAGAGGAAGUAUGUGCAGAUUCCAUCCAAAAACAUGUGUUUGUGAGCCGUGCACAGACAUGACUGCCUCACCUUGUGAGCUUCGCCCAGGUGAUAUUACCAUGGAGGGGAGACCAUAAGAUCUUCCAGACUGGAAAUAAAAAGCCCUCUGGAAAAUCCUAAUGGCGGCAGCGAUACAAUUUCUGGUGAUCUUUGCAUUGCUUUUACGAGAGAUUUAUGGCAAAGAGUUUCACAUAAGAAACCUGGAAUGCUUUAAUGAUUACGCCAGUGAAUUCACGUGUUCCUGGGAGGUGGCAAAUUCCAACAGUAUCUGCAGUGCUGAUUUUGAGCUGAAGUAUGGAACAGAUAAGUUAUCCCCCAGGGUCUGCACCCCACAAAACCGGGAGAAUGGUGGUGCCGUUGUGCCCAAUCAGUGCGUCUGCAAGGUUUCCAAUUUUAGCUUUGCAGCACUUUUGAACAUUACAGUAAACCUGGAAUCAAAUGGUACCUCAGUGAAACGUGAUGUUUUCCCUGCACUAUAUACAGUUAUUCCAAAAGUUCCAAGAAACGUAACAGUUACUUCCAUUAAUGAAGAUGAAAUAGAAGUUACAUGGGAUCAUGGCUACUCUGAGAGCAAAUACUCAUUUUUAUCUGAGUACCUAAUUUAUAACCUCUUAGUCACCUGCAAGCAAGACCCAACCCAGCUUCAAAGCAUCAACGUGAAAAACAAAUCUUAUCGCAUCGGUAAGAUGUUUCUUAAAUCAGGAUGCAACUACGACGUAAAAGUGCGAGCAAUUAAGAAAGAAAAGGAUGGAGUUCAAACUUUGCGCUGGAGUGAUUGGAGUUCAGCUGUAGAAUGGCAUAACGAUUACAGUCCUAGUGUCAAUAUCCUGAGUAUCGUCAUUCCAGUCUGUAGCAUCGUUCUUCUCUUGCUAAUAUCACUAUGCUAUUGCAUAAUUACCAUUGGAAAGAAAAAAUGGUGGCAGAAUAUUCCAGAUCCAGCAAAAAGCAGCUUGCGCUUGAUCAGAAAGCGCAUGUCACAGGAAACCGUGGCUAAACCAGAUGAGAAUGCUAAUAUUUAUCCAUCAUCCAAUAAACAGGAAAAUGCUAAGAGGACUUGUACCAACUGGUUUAAUAAGUUCUUCAAAGCACAUCAUAAGAAAAAACAUUUCAGCCAGGACUCCACCUCUAAAGUCUACGAGCACAGUAUUCCCCAGUAUUUAGCCCUUGUCCCUGAGGUUUCAGUUGUUGAGAUUGCAACUGUGGAAAACCAUCUGCAAGAGAGUCAAAAGAACUCCGUAAAUGAAACAAAAGAUGUUGUAGAAGACAAAGAUGAACUAUUUUUUGACCUAUCGAUUGACCAAAUGUUUCAAGACAUCAUUGAUGAUAGUCCGUUGAAAGCUCAAGGAUUGAGCACAACAAGGGAUACCUUUAAAAACUCAAACAAUAACAUGUUACAGCUUUUUGCUCUCCUUGAGGACCAACCUGCACCCUUGGAAGGUUUACAAGAGUCUGCAUAUAGAAGCUACCCUUGUGACAAUUCUGACCAAUACUCAGCUGAUCAGCAGCAUUCAUUACACUGCACGUCUCAAGAGUCUCUAUACCAGACAUCAGAGACAAAACUUGACAAUGGUUAUGCAAACAAUGGAUGCCAAGCUAAUACAUAUUGUGAUUCAGGGUACAGCAGCUUUGCCAAUGCAGUAUCUAGCUCAGACAGUUAUACUACAUCCUCAGAUAAUUCCACAUAUAAAAACAAUGCAUCAUCUAAUACCAGUGACUGCUUAUCAAGAUCAGCCUUUGGUAAUAGUAAUAGCAGUCUUGAUAGUAACACUACAGACAGUGUAUAUUACAACAGACAAUCCACAUUCUUCUCAUCUGACACAGGUUUUUAUAAAAGUGGUAGUAAAAUGAAUGUAGAACUGACCUUAACACCACUUCCAGAAGGCCUUACAAUGUGUAACACAUCACCUAAAGAAGGAAGAGAAGUAUCCUACCCCAUGACCACCUGUAAAGCAUCAGGCUACCAGAGUUUUGCCGAAGCCAUUCUGCAAGACGGAACAUCAAUAAAUCACCAUUCGGUAACAGUGGACAGUCUUGUGUUAGAACCGGGUUAUAAAUCAUUUGAGAGCCUUUUAAACCAAAAUACACUAGAGACAGAAUCAGAUACCGAGAGCUCUGUGUGUGAUCUAGACAUAUCAGUACAGAAAGAAGAACCCACCCAAAGCAGUGCUCAGAAUACAGGAACACAUGAUUUGAAGAACAUGAAAAACACAGGUGGGCAGACAAAAAUAGAUUUUGCAGAAGCUCCAGCCCAAGAAAUUACUUUUGGUUUUCUUAAUUUACAUUUAACUGAGAAUUGCCUAGAUAGCGGCUGCAAAAACUCAUCUCAAGAUGAGCAACCAUCUUCCACAAAGGAUCAUUCUGAUCAAAUCCUGGAUAAGGCAAUGAAAGCAGAGGAACUUCAAAACGAUCUCAGCUUAAUUUGCCAAGAAGGUAACAACUGUCAUGUACCAUUUGCUUGGACACCUGAUUUAAGUGAGCAAUGGAAACAUUUCGCCAACAUGUAUGAACCUAAUUUCCCCCAAAGCUCACCAGUUGGUAAGAUAGACCGAAUUAUUAGAGGAUCACUUUCCUACCACACUGAUAAGGGCAAAUCAGUUGUACCAGAGACUGAUAUUGGAACUUUUCCACACCAACCUACAUUUAGUGACUUUAAUAACACAAGUGACUGUCAGACAAUGAAGUUUGGGAAUAUGUCCUAUUUUGUCCAUCCUUUAAAGACAAAACUUCAUGAUACACAAGAUGACUUGGGAACUUUCUCAUUUUACACACCUGAACAUCACAAAAAUCAUGAAAAUGAAGAUUGUUCGUACAUGCAAAUAUCAUUGCAAUGAAUUGCACCAAUUGUGGGGCUUGAUUUAUAUUGCAUAGAGCGUUCUAGCGUUAUGCCAUGGAAUUGUUAUAUUGAAAAUAUUUUCAUAUACAAAACUGAUUUACUUUUUUAUACCAUAAAACACUUUAUAAGAAAGACACGAGAAUUAGUUGAAUAUCUACCUACAGAGUGUCGGAUUUACUAAUAUAGGUGCCAACAGUGUUGGACAGGCCCGUUGGGAUACCGGGAAAAUCCCUGGUUAGCCCUGGUGUGGGUGGCCCCCUUUCUGAAGCCCAGAUCAUUAUUUCCUACAGGUUUAAUUUAUUUCCAGUAGUAUUCCUAGUUUUUGUUUCCAAAAGUAUGAAAUUCUCAGUGAGUACUAUAACUGCCAUGGAUUUCACUUUCUGUCUGGUCAAAAAAGGAAUGUUUGAUUUAAGGUACCUAGUGGGUGUCCAAUCAUAUGAAUAAUGGGAAUACCAGUAUUUACUCAGCAAGAAGAAAUUUUUAGGGCUCUCUAGUAGUUAGUGAGCCCUUACUGCCAGGUUCUGGUGGGUCCUAGCCUGACACUGGACGGUAAAGGUAGUUGCCUAUAGCAACCAAUCAAAUCUUUCCAUUCUAACUGACAGAAGACUGAGCAAAACUAAUUGCUCACUAGUUGCUAAGUGCAAAUGCACUUGUGUUAUAACCAAUGGUUAUAAAUGAACCCUACAAUUUCCUAAUAUCAUUUAGUACAUAUAGUGGGACUGAGAGGUGCUUGUGAACUUGCAAAGUUGAUUCAGAUUUGGCACAAUCAUUGUAAUUUGCCCAAACUUAUUUUCUGUCUGUCAAAGGUACAUGUGAUCAUAUAAAUCAUUUAAAGGAGCUGAAAUGCCAACAUAUAUUUGGUAUGUAGGAAUUUUUAAUGUUCAAAUGCAUGUUAGAAUUUGGCCAAAUAUUGUUAAGAUGAUUCAGCAUUCAUCCAAAUGUAAAAACUUUGGAUACUUAAAGGGCAUGUAAA